UCGGAGCGGAAAACAGGUCAUUUGGGAUGGUCGACAUUUUGGUAGCGUCCUAGCAAAAUAAACCGUUUUCGGGCAACCUUUUUUCCUCAGUCUUUGUUUUUGGACGUCGGGAGUUUAAAGUGAAUCAACAUGUGGUAUGAAAUUCUCCCCGGUGUGAUAGCUAUGUGGGUGUGUUUGUCUAUUCCUGGCAUUGCAAUCGCACGCAUCAAUAGUUACACCAACGGAGGAAAACAACAAAGGAUCGCUCGGAAUCAUUGGCAGUGGUYCCUGUUGGACAGGGACAGGCGAGUGUCCGGAACGGGUCGAUUCUACGAAUCCAAGGGACUGGAGAACAUCAAAUGAUGACAAGAACCACAAAGACCUCGACGCCGUGAAAGCUUAUGUUGUAAAUUUACAAGCAUAACCCUUUUUUUUUGCCCCUCAAAACAUGUAUAUUAAAUAAAACUAUUAAUGGCCUAAAACUUA